AUUAUGGCGGGCAACGAGCAGGACCUGGCCCACUGAACUGACGUCAGUUUGGUCGACGCUACGGUGAUACACAGAAGCCUCAACACACAGCACACUGUUCUGUUUACUCCCGGGAAGUAUUUGACGUUAUUGAUAACUAUAGCGAUGACAUCAUGGGUCACAGCAGCAUCAGGGCGAGGAGUGUUGGCGACGAGGACUCUCACGAGGACAGGAGCCAGACACAUCUGCACGAGCUGGUCUGCCCACAACAUCAUCACAUCAAAGUAUCCAGAUCUUGAAGUGGUCCCUGGUAACCUGGUCACCCACGUCUUCAAGAAUUCAUCCAAAUGGGCCAACAGGGUUGCCACAGAAUGUGCAGUGACUGGCCGCCAGUCUACAUACUCUCAACUGAUGGACAACAUUGCCAGAAUGGGCGGGAUGCUGACUAAACUGGGCGUCAAAAAAGGGGAUGUUGUGGCGAUAGUGAUGCUUAACAGGCCAGAAUACCCCAUUGUACUGCUGGGAGCUGCCAGCAUUGGGGCAGUUGCAAAUUUACUUUCCACAUCCUCCACACCAGAGGAAAUAUGUCGACACCUGAAUGUUAGCAAUCCCAAAUUAGUGGUUGGAGACACAGGCUUGGAGAAGAACCUAGAUGCUGCCCUUGCACUACACAAGAAGCCAGUUGUCCUGAUGAUGAACGGUCCAUCGUCUAUUUCUGGAUCCAUUAACUUGCAACACGUCCUGGAGAACACAGCUGUCUCCUUUGCUGAUCCUGUAGAGACUUCCCGGAGUGAUAUAGCAGUCAUGCCCUACUCAAGUGGAACUACUGGACACCCCAAAGGAGUGACCAUCUCUCACGGUGCUUUAACCUCUAACCUUGACAUGUACACAUCCCCGUACUUCUUGCAAAUCUCUGAGACAACAGAUUCAUACCAAGAAGCAGUGUUUGGUUACCUUCCCUUCUUCCAUGUGUAUGGAUUUUUUGUCAAAAUUAUGGCAGCGUUUCAUACUGGGUCAAAACUGGUGUGUGUGCCCAAGUUUAACCCCGACACCUUCACCAGAGACAUUAACCACUACAAGGUGAGAUACCUGCACACAGUCCCUACUGUGCUCAACUUCUUGGCCCACUCUCCUACAGUCACCCCUGAGGCACUAACUUCUCUUGAGGUAACUUUGUGCGGUGCUGCCCCUGUUGCACUCUCAGCUGCACAAGCACUUAUGGAGAAAAUUGGGAGACCCAUCAUCUUCCAAGAAGGAUAUGGGAUGACAGAAGUGCUCCUUACACAUUUAACUCCAAAAACUCAUCAGCAGAUAGGAAACUGUGGUCGCCUCCUGCCUAAUGUGUCAGCCAAGGUUGUUGAUACCGUGACGGGAGAAGAAUUACCACCCAACCAUAAUGGAGAGAUUUGUAUUAAGACACCCUGUAUGAUGUCGGGUUAUUUCCAAAAUACUGACGCCACCUCGGCAAUCUUCGAUAAAGAAGGUUGGCUUUACAGUGGAGAUAUUGGAAGAUAUGAUGAGGAAGGUUUCUUUACCAUUGUUGAUCGGACUAAGGAACUCAUUAAGGUCAAGGCUCUACAGGUUGCGCCAUCUGAACUGGAGGACGUGAUCUUGCAACACCCCAAAGUGGUGGAGGUGGGCGUGGUGGGGGUGCCGGAUGAGAGGCUUGGGGAGGCACCACGCGCCUACGUCGUCACCUCAGCACCGACUACAGAAACUGAUAUUAAAGAGUUUGUGAAGCUGAAACUAGCACCCCAUAAGCACCUGGCGGGAGGAGUCGUCUUCAUAAACGAGAUCCCUAAGUCUGCCACGGGUAAGCUGCUGAGAAAAGAACUAAAGAAAACGGCUUUAUUGUGAGAUCUAGGUAUGGGAGACUACAGCAAAGAUAAACGAACUGAAGACAGAAACGUCUGGAUAAAGAAUGAAUAGAAGAAGAAAGUUAUGAUAAAGGGAAAUAUAGACGAAAUUUAUGAAAUGUAAAGAUUACAUAAGAAGACAGUUAUAUGAUGACAGUGUAGACAAUUAUUGGAUGAUAGUGUAGACAAUUAUUGGAUGAUAGUGUAGGCAAUUAUUGGAUGAUAGUGAAGGCAAUUAUUGGAUGAUAGUGUAGGCAAUUAUUGGAUGAUAGCGCAGCGUAGACAACUAUCAGAUGAGUGUAGAGAAAAGGGUAAUUGGAGCGAAAAGUGUUGGGAAGAUAGAUUUUGUGGAGUAAAGCAUCAAUAGAAAAAUUCAUGUAUGGGAACCAUCAUACCUCGGAGAAAGACAUAACACCCCCACAAGAGGCACCACACAGUGACUGGGAUUAUUCCUGAACCAAAUCAUCUCAAUUAUCCAAGUAGGCUGGCACCUCUUCAGUAAGUGUGGACCUUAUAAGCGCACUCGGUAACCUGAAAGAGAUGGAAGAUACAAACUUAGAUCACUUUUUCAAGAUGUUGAACUCUACUAAUGCAAGAGGACACAGUCUACCAGCUUGAGGCCAUGAAGCAGGACCAGUAAUGGGCUACAGUACAGUCCUUAUAUAAUAACAUUAUCAAGAGCAAUGAGUGGAAUCCUACACAGGUCAUCACCUUAAUUCCUCCCUCUGUCAAGGUCACCUCUACUGUACUAGUGGUGGUAAAUUAGGUAGGUAUUCACUUCAUCUCCCAAGAGCCUCUGUUUUAGCCAAGUUUUUUUUUUUUUUUAAUUUA